AUGCCACCAAACCAGCUCAUUAUCCAUCGCAGUCCGUACACACGACGUUAUGAAGCUGCGAGCAACCUCUGCUGCCAAUAUGCUCGUGUUAAAUCCCGCACCUUCGGCCAGCAUUGCAGCCUGGCCGGUCCUAGAGCAUGUUCUGCUCACAUCCAUACCUCCAUUCCAGAUCGCCCUACAACCUUUACCACCGAGGCCAACAUCGACAUAAAGAGUCUAGAAAAUACCCUUCGUGCUCAUCGCGAGGCAAAUCGAGAACCAGUGGUGCGGAAGAUCUAUAAAAAGGGUGAGUCGGUCUGGAUAAAAGAUCGAGACGGAGGACUACCUGCCCUAAAGGUCAAAGUUCCACGGAAGGACAUUGGACUUUUCAAGAGGGUUGAUCUUCCUCCCAUUACCGCUUUGCGAGGCACCAAUCGCGAUUUGGACGCAUUAUGGCGCAUAAAGGACACUGAGAAGAAUCCGCCCUUGCAUUAUCGCCUUCCGUGGCUCCGGCACCUGGAUAGCACAGACUCGCUCGCUCCCUCAGCAGCCAUCGAUCGACUCACUGAUGAAAUUCGCGCAUUUGAGAAAUAUAGCUCUCCGUCGGAAGAAGAGCAACGCGCGGCCAGCGAUGCUCUGAACGACAUCAUCGACUGCAUCAAGGACAUUGACGCUGGGUUAAUUGUCGAUGUCAUUGGCUCUCGUGCCACAAACCUGGCUGAUCCCUUGUCUGACCUUGAUAUCAAUGUCGCCAGUCCAGAGCAAUGUGCCAUUCUGGAUGAUCCGGCGCAGGAAGCUCCGUUCAGGGUUCUUAAAAAAAUCUACAAGGCUCUGCGAAAGCCGUCCAAAGAAAGCAACCAGUCUGUUUCUCGUCGUAUCGAAACCCAUUACUACCUUAAACAAGCUCGAGUACCCAUCUUGCUUUGCCGCCACAAGCCGACAGGGCUUCCCAUCCAGAUCCAGUCAACGCCACGGACAUACGACAGCCGGGAAUACGUCAAAGCGUCGUUGAGGGAAUACCCAAGUUUAAAAGGCUUGUUCAAAGUAUUGAAACAACUUCUGCAAAUGCGCGGACUUACUAUAGGCAGCGGUGGAGGGAUUACUUCUUAUCCGCUGCUGCAAAUGAUCGUCGCGACGCUCAAGUUCUCCGAGGCCAGAUUUCACCCGGCAGAUUUGGGCGGCCAGUUCCUCUUCUUCCUAGACUUCUACUCGGACAUUGAUUUUUCCACCCAUGGUAUCUCAACUGAACCCCUGGAGCUGUUCUCUAAAAGCGUUGGACGGGGCUCAGGUUGCGACGAGGAGGCAGACGACGCAAGCGAUGGGCCAGAAACGCCGCUCCAAAGUCAUGUCACGUUCAAGGGUAGAACUCGAAGACGGUCCCCAACGAGCAUGAGCCAUCUGAUGACUCUCCAGGACCCAGCUAACCCGAUCAACGAUCUUGGAAAGUCUUGCUUUCAUAUCAAAGAUGUGCAGGAAACUUUCAUUGCCCUUAGGGCUACUCUCAAGCGGGCAAUGGCUGAAUGGGACGCGCCUUCUAAGACACCCGCACGUUCGGGGGGGCAAAGUGUAGCGCGUUCACUGUUGGAGCCCUGCGUUGGUGGUGACUACAGGAUAUACGAGCAUGAGAGGGACGAUCUUCGCCGGCUGGGUCGCCGCUCACUGCAGAAGUUGGAGGAGGCCGCUGCCUCAUAG